AAGAGGGAGUGUUUGCAAUGCGAGGUGCUGUUGGAAACAGACAACAAAGGCGCGAGAGAGAGGUACCCGCGCUGUCGCCGUCAGCAGCACAGGACCUUUCACAUUUCUUCCUAGUCGGGGAGGAGGGAGCCCAUAUUCUACUGGAUUUGGUUUGCUGCGCAGAUCUUCAGGAGGACUGACGGGCGGACACCCUAUCGCUUAGCGGUCAGCUCGACAGCAUCCGCAGCGUUUCGAUGCAAUGCUGCAGUGAGAAUGUGGAACACAACACCCAUCACCUGUUGGAGCAGCUUCUUUGAUUUCAGGAACUUGAAGAUUUCAACCCCUUGACCUCAGCACCAUUGAGGUUAAUAGGAACAUGUGCACCAACUUCCUCCCUGAAUACACUUGGCCACCACUCCACAGCUGAGAUGAGACACACCAGCUCCCCAUGCCGGACCUGAAUGCCGAAUUAUGUAACCUGCUGGGAGCCUCUGCUGCGGCCAGCGGCAUGGACAUCAGCUGCCGCAGGGACGACCAACCCGGCCACUCUGACCUCCUGGAGCCAGGCCCAGCCAAAUCAGAGGGGAUCGCUAGAACUGGUGAGGGUGAGAGCCAAGGAUCCUCUCUGAGCGGCCCAGCCGAGGGGUCCCAGCGCAGUCUGGGAGCCGGACAGCCAUCUUUGCCAGAUGUCAGGUCCUCCAGGAGUCUGGAGGAGCUCCACCAGGCCUCAGCCUCCCACCACAAGGCAGAUCCCCUGGGCCCAGGCUUCUGGCAGGGGGUGGGUGUCAAGGGAGUGCCUGCAGAGGGAAGGGAGAUGCCCCGUCUCCCCAGCGCCUCGCUGCAGCCCCUCCUUGCAGUGGCGGAGGGGACUGGGGGUGGUGAGACCAUCCGUGUCCUGAGGGAGAGGCUCCGGAUACAGAACAGCAGGCCUGCCGAAGAGGCCAGUAGGCCUCUCUGUCCCCGGCCCCCACCAGCAGAGCCUCUAGGGGGAGCACCCUCACCAGACACGGUUUUGGGGCCGACCAGCCCCAUUCAGAUAAUGGAGGAGGCCUCGAGAAGGCUGCGGCUACGGCGGCAGAACAGUAGCCCUGACCUGGCACGGGCUCUCUUCCCUGAAGAAGAGGGGGCCAGGAUUGAAGCAUCCGGUUCUCAGGGGAUGGGAAGGGGGCCGCCAACUCUGCAAGCUCCCAGCGGGAGCCGUCGGCCCACCCGCACCCACAUCCCCUCCUUUGAGGAGUUCAAAAGGAUGAGAGGGAAGAGUCAGGGGAUACUGGGGGGCUCCAACGGGACCCCCAGGUCUCUCUCGGGCCCCUGUCUCACCCAGAGGGGGAAUCCCCGAGCUGGGCCAUCCCGCAGUGGGGACCCCCCUCACCACCACUCCUCUCUUCCUCCUCCUGCGAGCCCCAGUACAGACUGCCAUGCCCCACCUGUCUGCACAGGUCCAGCUCCCAGCUCUCCCCUGCACACAGUGGCCAUCCCCCUUGGCGGCUCAGAGGCCGGCAGCAAGCGUGAGGAAGUCAGCAAAGGGGAUGCCAGUCUCCCAGGGAGGAGCUCAGCCACCGAAACCCAGUCGACCUGCUGCCCCACCCUCCUGCUUGAAGCAGCCGCCGACCUGUCUGCCUACGGUGUGACCCUUCAGCAAAUGAAGGACGAUCUGAUCGGAUCUGCUAUUGACCUCAUCAAGAAAAGCUGCACUGCAGAGCCCGCAGCCAUCCGCCGGCCGCUGGAUGACAUCACCGUCAAUGACAAGCGCCGCCAACCAGGCCCGGUUUCCACGGCAACCCGCGACCGAAGCGCUCUGAAGGCGGCGGCUUCUGCUCGACCUCGCCAGGCCGACCGUCAUUCCCUGCCUAGCUGUCGGAGAUCCAGUUCGGACGCGGCCUAUGGGACCACAGAGACAGCUAAAGCCCAGCGGGAGUGCCGGCUGCGCCCCCACUUCAGUGACCCGAUGCCUGCCGAUGCAGCGAAGCGGAAGCAACUGGAGAUGAGGAUUGCGGCGGCGGCCUGGGGCCUGGGGCAGAAACGAGGGCAGGACAAGGAAGGUGGUGGGUGUUCCCCGUCAAACAUGGCCGCCAAGAUGGAUGACACAUCUCCCAACCCUGGGGCCCAAGAUCACCACCUUCACCCUGGGUCAUCCCGCAGGCCGAAACAUCGCUGGAGCAACCUCAGCACCGACAGCGGUGUUGUGGGACUGAACGACAGGGGCGAGGAGAGGGAGGACGAGGAGGAAGAGGAGGACGAGGAGGAGGAGGACAGGGGGAGGAAGAGCCGGCCGGGGGAAGUGGAGCGGACAGACAGUGGGAUCGGGCCUGCCACAGCCAAGAAGUGGAGGAUCCGGGUAGAGGAGACGGCACGCUCUGUGCAGGCCUGGGUGACGCACCAGCCUUGUGUGGACUGUGGUGAGAGGGACGUCUCUGAGCCCGACCCAACACCUGCCGGGCGACGGCGGGACCACCUGUGCAGCAAAUGCGCCAAGCGCAGACGGGAGCGUAAGGAGGCCAUCCUAGAGUUUGUCAAUACCGAGUCCAGCUACGGCGAGGACCUGCGUAUCAUCCGCGAGGAGUUCCACCUGCCUAUGCAGGCCGCCGGCCUUCUCACCCCAGAGCAGCUGGCCGUGGUCUUCAGUAACAUCCAGGAGCUCAUCGAGGUCAAUGAGAAGUUCCUGGAGAGGCUUCAGGAUUCCACAGAGCAAGCCUUCGAUCAGAACGAUGAGGACUUUUUGACUGUGUGCAUUGGUGAGAUGUUCCUGGAAUUCGUUAAUAUGUUGCCGGCUUUUCAGACGUACUGCAUCCACCAGUCUGCCUCUAUCAACCUGCUCAACACUCUGGAGAAGGAGAAGGAAUUGCUCAGGAUCUUCUUGGACGUGUCGCAGAAUGACAAUACCGCCCUGCGUCGCAUGAACCUGCGCUCCUUCCUGAUGGCACCGCUGCAGCGAGUCACCAAGUACCCGCUGCUGCUGAGCCGGAUCGGCAGCUCGACUCCGGAGUUGCACCCGGACCACCGGGGCCUGCGGGAGGCCAAGAGUCGGGUGGAGUCGCACCUGGAGCACAUCAACAUGAAAAGCCGGCAGGAGGGCGCAGCUCUCUGGAACUUCCGCUCGCUCCGGCGCGGGAGCCGGCGGCACCGAGAAGCCGCCGACCUGGAGCUGAGGGAGGUGGCGGUCCGUGCGGUAGGGUGGCUGCGAGAGGAGACACGCUUUGCUAUGGAGGGAACACUUCAGUCCUCACAGCCUGGUGACUGCCAGUGGCCCAAGAAGGGGAGCAGGUCCCUCAAGUUCCAGAGCCUCCAUGCUCUGCUGCUGGUCAACAGGGCAGACCCUGAGCCCGCAGCUGGCCAGAGAGGCUCGUCGCCCAGUGGGGGCGGGCAGGAGGCACCGCGGGACGUCGCGCUGGUGCUGAUCCGGGAUAAGAGCGGUGGCAAGUUCUCCCUCUUCCGGCGGCCCCUCCACCUGGGCAACUGCGUGGUGUCUUCAGACCCUGACUGCGACGACACCUUCGAGCUGCUGGAGAUACCCAAGGAGGUGUUUGUCUUCCGCGCCGCAGAUCGGCCAAGGACCCAGCACUGGUUCCAGCUGGUUAAAGGCUACUCGCAGGAUCUGGGCUCCUGGCGCAAGAGGCGCAACGCGCUUCCCAACAUCAUGAUCAACACCUCCUGCAGCCGGGCCUGAGUCUCUGGGGGUCGAUCUCUCUGAACACAGGUCAUUGCUUACUGAAAGGAGGGCAGUGUGCAGGAAGGAGGAGUCUUAUGGGGGGGUGGGGGUCAGGGGGGAAGUUUGGUCGGAGGUUUCUCCAUCUGAACCACUGUCCACAACUGUUGGGUUGUCCAGGAGUCCCCAGGAGCUAAGAUUUAAUCUUGCAAGUAAAACUCAGGGCUGGGGAAUACAAUUAAAGAAAACUUCUGCUUUGAAGUUGUAACAUUAUCAGAGAAGGUUUGUGAUUCACUGUCACCCCGUCAAAGAGCAACACACUAGAUGGUGGGGGAACUCAGUGGGUCAGGCUGCACCUGUGGAGGGAAAUGGACAGUCAGCGUUUCAGAUUAACACCUUCAUAUGGUGGUAUAGAUAGAACAUAUACCACACAGCACAGUACAGGCACUUUGGCCCACAAUGUUGUGCCAUCUUUUAACAAACUCUCAGAUCAAUCUAACCCUUCCCUUCCACAUAGCCCUCUAUCUUUCUUUCACCCAUGUGGCCAUCUCAUAAAUGUCCCUAAUAUAUCUGCCUCAACCACCAGUCCUGGCAGCACAUUGCAUGCACCCGCCACUCUCUGUGUGGAAAACUACCUCUACCAUCCCCUUUUAUCUUCCUCUAAUCACAUUAAAGUUAUGCCCUUACAUAUUAGCCAUUUUCACCCAGGUAAAAUGGUGCUGGCAGUCCACCCUAUCAAUGCCUCUUACCAUCUUACCUACAUCAAGUCACCAUGCAUCCUCCAUCGCUCUGAAGUGAAAAACCCUAGCUCACCCAACCUAUCCUCAAGACAUGCUCUCCAAUCCAGGCAGCAUCCUGGUAAAUCUCUCUGCACCCUCUCUAAAGCUUCAUAUAGAGUCAUUGUCCAUUCCAGUUUGUGGGAGUUUCCCAUGCACAAUUGGCUGCUCCCAUUUCCUUCAUGACAACAGUGACUACACUUCAAAACCAUUUCACUGACUUUGGGACAUUUUGAAAGACAGGAGAGAUUUAAUAGGAACUUAAGGGGCAACCUUUUUUUGACACAAAGGGUGAUUGCAUGGAACCAGCUGCAGAGGAAGUGAUUGAGGCAAGUACAAUCAGAACUUGUAAGAGACAUUUGUACAGGCUCACGGAUUGGAAAGGGCCAAAUGGGACUAGCUUGGAUGAGGCAUUUUGGUCAGCAUGGACUAGUUGAGCCGAAGGGCCUGUUUCUGUGUGGUAUGGUCUAUGACGAUGACGAAGGAAGACAUGAGAAAGGUACUACUUAAACAAACAUGUUCGGGAAUAAUGGAAGAAGAAUUUUUUUACAUAUUGUAAUCAUUCCUUUCCUCUCCAGAUUUAGCUUGCAGUGGUGACCAAAGAUUAAUCUUCAUUUCCUUGAGACUCCAGGGACCUGCUGGGUUGGGAAUGUCAAAUGAGGGGAUGGACGACAGGUUUGAGGAAGUAGGCUGGGAGAUAAACUUCUAUACAUUUAAGGAAAAAAUGGAAUUUUGCAUCCUGAACUUGCAGGUGGAUGUAAACUUUGCACUGGCAAUGUAACAACACACAUUGAACCAUACUGCCCAUGGAGUUUGGAACUUUGCUCAAUAGUGGUUGAUUAUAAAAUCACUCCCUGUUCAUUUAUUUAACCUAUGAAGCACUUUCUGUUUGCCUCUCUCCAGGAGCAUCGUUGGAACCUCACAUGGUUAAUUUUAACUGCUUGCAUUCAUGUGGUUGCAGUUUCAGUGUUUGACUCACAGUACUAUCCCAUCUUACCACAGCCAGUCUCUGAAAGCACAAGUAAUUGUGGCUUGAGUCACGUGUUUAUUUAUUUACCUUGCCUUGUUAAAUUAUUUGAUUUACGCAUUCAGUGGCCACUUUAUUAGGUACAUCUGCACACCUGCUCAGUAAUGCAAAUAUCUAAUCAGCCAAUCAUACGGCAGCAACUCAAUGGUCAGUUCAGUUGUUCAGACCAAUGGGGAAGAAAUGUGAUCUAAGUGGCCUUGACCAUGGAAUGAUUGUUGGUGCCAGACAGGGUGGUUUGAGUAUCUCAGAAACUGCUGAUCUCCUGGGAUUUUCACACGCAACAGUCUCCAGAGUUUACAGAGAAUGGUGCGGAAAGCAAAACAGGUCCAAUGAGUGACAGUUCUGUGGGCGAAAAUGCCUUGUUGAUGAGAGAGUCAGGAGAAUGGCUGGAGUGCUUCAAGCUGAUAGGAAAGCGACAUUAACUUAAAUAACUGCGCAUUACAAAGUGGUGUGCAAAGAACAUUUCUGAACGCUCAACAUGUCGAACUUUGAAAUGGAUGGGCUUGGGCAGCAGAAGUCUAUGAACAUGCAUUCAUCAGGUACAGGUGGUAGCUAAUGAAAUGGCCACUGAGUAUAUAUUUUACAACUGGCCUCUGAAUGCCAUCAAUCUGUGUAUGAGUGCUUGGUAUUUACCCAUUUAGAACGGUGAUCAGUGGCACAUCCCUGUCCAGAAAUGUUUUCCAGUUAUAUUCGUGCUCCAGACCUGAGCUGGCACAAAGGGCAGCUACAGGGAAUUGGCCAGUCUUACCUUUAAAUAUCUUCUAUGUAAGUGUUAUCUCUGUUGUUCUACUGAGCAUUGAGGGCAUGCUAUCUUAGUGCCAGAAUAUGUGGCAACACUUGCAGGCUUCCCCCAGCACGCCCCUGGGCUGUGUUGGUUGUUAUCACAAAUGAUGCAUUUCACUGUGUGUACAUGUGAUAAAUAACUCCAAAUAUCUGAGCAAUAUAAAUGGUUGCCAUCUCACCAGCUGGGCCACAAAUGGGAGGAAAUUGGUGAUGCUGUGGGUUUAAAUCUGUGUUGACUGGGUGGCUGUUUUGGUAUUGAAUGUAAGAUAUAUGGAUGUUGUAGUCUUCCUCCUCAACAGUAAUAUUCAAUGAGCACAAAGACGUUUAUAAGAUAGUUAUAAACUUUCACACUCUCUUUACUAUAUUCCUUGUCUA